ACUUCAGGCUGUUAUUUGGACAAUGGAAUAUACGUCACAGCUCUUUCAAAUUCAAGAAUGCGUUUCUGGGAAAUUGAUCAGAAUUCUAUCUAUUGAUGGAGGUGGUAUCAGGGGAAUAAUCCCAGGGGUUAUCCUCGCUUUUCUUGAAUCACGACUUCAGAUGUUGGAUAGUGAAGAAGCAAGAUUAGCAGAUUACUUUGAUGUUAUUGCCGGGACUAGCACUGGUGGGCUUGUGACUGCAAUGCUCACUGCUCCGAACGAGGACAACCGUCCGAUGUUUGCUGCGAAGGAUAUCAAGGCCUUCUACCUUGAUGAAUGCCCCAAAAUCUUCCCACAGCAGAGCCAUGCACUUGGCCAUGCUGCAAAAGUGAUCAAGUCCUUUUCAGGGCCAAAGUAUGAUGGAAUUUAUCUGCAUUCUCUAAUCAAGGAAAAACUUGGUGAUGUGAAACUGCACGAGACAUUGACUGAUGUUGUGAUUCCAACUUUUGAUAUCAAGAGUCUCCAGCCCGUUAUCUUCUCCAGCUACGAGGUGAAGAAUGAGCCAAGCUUAGAUGCUUCACUCUCAGAUAUAUGCAUAGGAACAUCUGCUGCUCCAACCUAUCUCCCUGCUCAUUACUUUGAAAACAAAGACUCAGAAGGACGUAUAAGAGAAUUCAAUCUCAUUGAUGGUGGAGUCGCUGCAAAUAAUCCGACUUUAGUUGCAAUAAACCAAGUAACGAAGGAGAUUACUCGGGGAAGCUCUGAAAUAUUUCCUCUGAAACCCAAAGAGGAUGGUCGAUUUCUUGUUCUAUCCCUGGGAACAGGUUCAGCAAAAGCCGAAGAGAAAUAUGAUGCAGAAGGUGCAGCCAAAUGGGGUGUUUUGGGAUGGCUGUUAAACGGCGGUUCGACUCCUCUGUUUGAUGUAUUCAACAGAGCCAGCAGUGACAUGGUCGAUUUUCACACUACUACUUUCUUCCAAGCUCUUCACUCUCAGAAUAAUUACCUUCGGAUACAGGAUGACACAUUAACUGGAGCAAUGUCUUCUGUGGAUGUUGCAACCAAGGAGAACUUAGAGGAUCUUGUGAAAGCUGGUGAAAAGUUGCUGAAAAAACCAGUUUCAAGAGUAAAUUGGGAGACUGGAAUUUAUGAGCCCUCCAACCAAGGAACUAAUGAGGAAGCACUAAUCAGGUUAGCGGAGUUACUUUCCAAGGAGAAGCGGCUUCGAGAUGCACCAUCUCAUCAACAAAGUAGCACUUCAUUGAGCUUAUAGAUCAAACUUUUGUCACUUGUGAAGGAUUAGGUCUGCUAUCUCUUCAAUUGGAGAUGUAUAUAUGUGAAUAGACGUUGCAUCCCUUGUACA